AACACGAUAGAUGUUUCAUGUAAUGUAACUUUUUUACUUUAACCUAUUUGCAUCAUUAACGCCAUAUAUGUACUCAAUUUUCCUAACCAUUAUCAUCAGAGCGCACAUAAGCGCGUAUUCACGUUACGAAUAAAUAGUGAUAAUUGCGAACAGAUUAAAUUAUUUGUCAAGAAAUAUAUCUUAUAAAUUUCAUUGUAAAACCAAAUUAGAGGUAUUUAGAUUUUGCAACAGAAAUGUGACGAUAUAGAUACAUUCUUCAUUUUAUCGUACGAUGCAAAUGGGUUAAUAUAAAUAAAGAUUUCAUUUUGAAUGAAGUUAUCUUCGAGCCGCACCCGCAGUUCGUGUACAAUCGAUAGCGAACUUCACAUGUAUCACAUGGAUCAUGGCAGCAGCAGCAAUUGAUAUAAUGUUGCAAAGCAAUGAGUUUCAGUCAAAAAAGAAAGAGGAUGCAAAGAAUAAGGAUAAUUUGUGGUCUUCUAUCUUAGCUGAAGUACAAAACAGUGGGAACAAUAAAUUACCAUCAAAUAAGAACAUUCUUGUUUUAGGUGAUAAUGAAAGUGGAAAGACAACACUUAUUGCUAAAUUACAAGGUGUAGAGGAUCCAAAAAAGGGUUCUGGUCUAGAGUUUGCGUAUAUUGACGUUAGGGAUGAUUAUAGAGAUGAUCAAACAAGGUUAUCUGUAUGGAUAUUGGAUGGAGAUCCUGGGCAUGCUAAUCUUUUAAGAUUUGCAUUAAAUGGAGAAAGAUUUCCACAUACACUUGUUAUGUUAGUAGCUGCAAUGACAACACCAUGGGACAUGCUAGAUCAACUUCAGUCUUGGGCUGCACUGUUAGGAGAUCAUAUUGAUAGAUUACCUUUGGAUAAUGAUACUAGACAAAAAUGCAGGCAACUCAAUGUCAAAAAAUGGCAAGAUUAUACAGAACCUGGAGAUGAAUUAGAUCCUGGUAGCCCUCUACGACGUACCAGUCGCAAUCUUGAUGAUGAAACAAUUGAUAAUUUACCAUUACCAGAAGGAGUACUCACAACAAAUUUAGGCCUUGAUGUUGUUGUUGUAAUUACAAAAACUGAUUACAUGUCUACACUAGAAAAAGAACAUGACUACAAAGAUGAACAUUUUGAUUUCAUGCAACAAUGGAUACGGCGAUUUUGCUUGCAAUAUGGUGCAGGAUUAUUUUAUACGUCAGCAAAAGAAGAUAAAAACUGUGAUUUAUUGUACAAAUAUCUUACCCAUAGGAUUUAUUCACUACCAUUUAGAACUCCAGCUUUGGUAGUUGAGAAAGAUGCAGUACUCAUUCCAGCUGGCUGGGAUAAUAUGAAAAAGAUUAGCAUUCUACAUGAAAAUUUGCAGUCAAUGAAACCAGAUGAUUAUUAUAGAGAUGUUAUCGCACAGCCAACAACUAAUAGAAGAUGUGUGGCUAGGGAAGUAGAAGUACAAGCGGAAGAGGAACAAGCUUUCUUAGCAAAACAGCAAGCAGAAUUACUAGGUUUGAAAGAUCCAACCCGUUCUCCGACACUCAGAAAUCAGGCAAGCACUGGACCAGUCAUUCAGGUGGCUUCACCAAAUAAAAAAUUGGACCCCAAAGCUAGUGGAACUACGCAGUCUGGAGAAGGCGUCUUAGCAAACUUUUUCAAUUCACUGCUUCACAAGAAGAUCGGAUCACCUGGAUCACCAGGUAGUGUAGGCACAAGUCCAAUAAAAAUUGAUUCUCCACCAGUAGAGAAAACAACUGUGUCUAAUGAUGCAGCAGUGGAAUUAGACCGGCUCACUAAAACUAAGAAACUUUCCCCUCCUAAUUUAAAUUCAUCGUCUGAAUGUUAAAGAAAAUUUAAUUCCUUUGCGAUUCAUUUAUUCAGUUAUAAAGUAUGUACGUGAGUGUUCUUAUGACAUUUCAGAGAUAACUAAAUUUGCUUGUAUUUUAUGUUGUUCAUUUAAUGAUACUAAACAUUGUUUUAUAUUCACUAAAUGUAUUUAAUACUUAUAUUAAUUCGUAAUACUUACCAAUUUAUAAUCGUACAGUAUAUAUGGUUUUAUUGGUGAUUAGAUUAGUAUAUUUUUGUUAAAAGUAUUUAUUAUCUUUGAUUAUUUUCACAAAUAACAAUAUAUUUUUAAUCAAUAAUCCAUACUUACAUAAUGUGAAAAAUAUUUUGUAGGUACAGCACAGUAAAAUACAGCACAAACUAUUUUUUGUUACUUAAAGCAUUAAGUUGCUUAAAAUGUAUAAUACUUUUAUCCUUAAUAAAUUUUUCCAUCUUUUUAAUGUCAGUUUCACUAUUAAGUUUGUUAUGAUAAAAAACUAGUUCUCAGGAAUGAGUAAUAAAAUGUUCACUAUUAUCAGUUCUAAGCAAAUUCAAUUUCAAAUGGGUCGCAAAGGAUUAAAAUUCAAUUAAUCAAAUCAGCUUAAUUUGAGAAAAAAUAGGUAUAAAAUAGAAGGAAAGAUUACAACGAUGUCUUACACAACUUAUCGAUAGCCUUAUUUAUUGUGUUUGACUAAAUAUAAAUAUUGAUGCAGAUUAACAAUUAGAGAAUUAUUAAAUUAAUAUUAUUAGAUAUUUAAUAUAGUAUUAUGUUCUAAUUAUGCUUACACGCAUGUCCCUAUGUCCUUCUAUAAUAAAUUAUUUUAAGAUCGCCUAUCGAAGGUGAAUUUUUUUCAUAUUCUUAAAUUGAAUACACAAAAAUGCCUAUUUAUGUAAGAAUAUUUUCAAUUAUGUAAAUUUGCUGAUAAAU